AUGAAGCAGGAGUUUGGCCAGACUUGUGAUUGGAUUAAGAAGCGACUGGGUGACAAAGUUGCCAAUGUUCAAAUUUCAAACCGUCUUAGCACAUCGCCGUGUAUUCUUGUAUCUGGGAUGUUUGGUUGGUCUGCCAACAUGGAACAGCUAAUGAAGGCCCAGACUAUUGAUGCCUUGAGAGCUAUUGAUCUUUUGUAUGACACAACUUUGAUUUCUAGUGAUUUCACUCGUGAAAAUCCAGCUCAGCUAGAAAUUCAACAGCCUCCCAGCUCAGAGACAUUGGAAGCUGAGGUAGUUGAACCUGUUGAAGCUGGUGGCGUCGUUCCGCCUAACAGCGAGUUGGUUGGUGCACGCAUCCAUAUGCGGUUCCUUGAGGGGGAUGCGUUUCGUGAGCUUUCGACAGAUGCAGAUACACGGACGAUAGCAUGCCACGCAUGA